AUGGGUAAAAAGAAACGAGAGGAUAAUACAACGACAACAUCAUCAUCAUCUUCUACUCGUGAACAAGAUGAAACAUUCAAAUAUCUAACCAAAACAUUCAAUCGUAAAGAUGGACCUAUUCCGGCAAUGUGCGAUAUUACUCGACCACAUGUUGAUUCAUUUAAUUGGAUGCUUAAAGAAGGUUUAAUGAAAGCCGCUGGUGCUAUCUUACCAUUAGAAUUUGAAACAAAUACAAAAUUACGAGUUAAAUUAAAAUUCAUUAGUUUAGAAAUUGCUCGACCUAAAGCAAAAGUUAUUGCUGGUGCUAAUCGACACAGUCAUUAUGUUUAUCCUGCUGAAGCUCGUAUGGGUAAAAGUACUUAUUCAGGAACAUUACAUGCUCGUAUUAAUGCCGAAGUUUUUGAUCAAAAUGCUAAAUUAAUUGGACGUGAAUCCUAUGAUCGAAAUCUUGGUUCAAUACCUGUUAUGGUUCGAAGUGAUGCAUGUAAUUUAGUAAAUAUGAAUACAGCAGAAUUAUGUUCAAAAUAUGAAGAACCAAAUGAAAAUGGUGGUUAUUUUAUAGUUAAAGGAUAUGAACGUAUUUUACGUUUAUUAACAAUGACAAGAAGAAAUUAUCCAAUAGCAAUGUCUCGUGGACGAUGGCGUCAACGUGGUCCAGGAUUUACAGAUUGUGGUCUUCAAAUUCGAUGUUUAUCAGAUGAUCAACGUGGCAUUGAAAAUACACUUCAUUAUUUGGAUACUGGUGCUAUAACAUUAGCUUUUAUGUUUCGUAAAGAAAUGUAUUUUAUUCCUGUUAUUAUGAUACUUAAAAUGUUAGCUGAUGAUAAUACAUCUGAUAGAGAAAUUCAUGCAAAUUUAAUGCGUGGUACUUAUAAAAAUAAUAGUGCAUUUGACAGUAAUAUUAAAUAUAUGCUUCGACAAUUACAAAAAACGUUUUGGUGUGAAAAACCAUUGAUAACACGUCAAUCCAUAAUUGAUUAUGUUGGUUCACAUUUUCGUACACGCCUUCAACGACCACCAUGGCAUACAAAUGCUGAUGUUGCUCGCUAUUUACUUGAUAAUUAUAUAUUAAUACAUCUAAAAAAUGAUAAAGCAAAAUUUAAUAUGUUAAUAUUUAUGAUACGUAAACUUUUUUCAUAUGUACGUGAUGAAUGUAAAGCUGAAGAUCAAGAUGCACCAUCUAUGCAUGAAAUACUUUUACCUGGACAUGUUUAUUUAGCAUUACUUUCAGAACGAUUAGAAACAUGGUUAUUAUCAUUACGUGAAACAUUUUUAAAAUUAAAUAAAAGUAAUAAAACAUCGAAUGAUGCAUCGAUAACUACAAAACUUCGAGUAGCAAUGGAUACAAUUGAUAAGGAACAGAUAGCAAAAGCUUUUGAACAUUUUCUAGCUACGGGUAAUCUUAAUUCAAAAACAAAUCUUGGUUUAAGACAGACAAGUGGUUUUUCAAUUAUUGCUGAACGUUUAAAUAUUCUUCGAUUUAUAUCACAUUUUCGUUCUGUUCAUCGUGGUGAUGCAUUUACGGAAACAAAAACAACAUCAGUUAGAAAAUUACUUCCUGAAGCAUGGGGUUUUCUAUGUGCUGUUCAUACACCUGAUGGUUCUCUAUGUGGUUUACUGAAUCAUCUAUGUAUGACAUGUCAAGUAACACAGGAAACAGCAACGAAUGCAUCAUUAGAUGCUCUUGUUGAUACAUUACUUUCAUAUGGUAUGCGACGAAUACCACCACUUGAUAUUGAUUGUUAUGAUGUUAUUCUUGAUGGACAAAUUGUUGGAUUUAUUGAUGAUACUCGAGCAUCCUUAGUUGCAGCACAACUUCGUUUUGAUAAAGCAACAGGAAAUCGUCGUCGUUCUGGAAUAUCAGAACAUUUAGAAAUUGUUUUAAUUCCAAAAGAAACUCAUGGUUUAUAUACACUCUAUCCAGGUUUAUUUCUUUUUUCAACACCAGCUCGAUUGAUUCGACCAGUAAUGAAUUUAAUAACAAAAACAACUGAAUAUAUUGGUACAUUUGAACAAGUUUAUCUUGGUAUUUGUAUAACUCAUGAUGAAUUCGUACCAGGACAUACAACUCAUCAAGAAUUAACACAAUAUAAUUUUCUAUCUAUAACAGCUAGUUUAACACCAUUUAGUGAAUAUAAUCAAUCACCACGUAAUAUGUACCAAUGUCAGAUGGGUAAACAAACAAUGGGUACACCUACAUUAGCAUAUAGAAAACGAAAUGAUAAUAAAUUAUAUUAUAUUACAACACCACAAGCUCCAUUAAUACGAACACGUGUUUAUAAUCAAUUUGCACUUGAUGAUUAUGCAAUGGGUACAAAUGCAAUUGUUGCUGUACUUUCUUACACAGGAUAUGAUAUGGAAGAUGCUAUGGUUAUAAAUAAAAGUUCUGUUGAACGAGGUUUUGCUCAUGGUGCUAUAUAUUCAUCUGAACUGAUUGAUCUACAAGAAUUAGUGACUGAUAAAAUUGAUCAAGGAAAACAUCCACUUGUUUUUUCGUUAGAUACAAAAAAUCCUAAUUGGCGUCAUUUAGAUCUCGAUGGUUUACCUGUUAUUGGUUCAACUGUUCAACCAGAUGAAGUUCUUUGUUGUUAUUUAAAUACAUUAACACAAGAAUAUAAAACAAUAAAAUAUCAUAAAAAAGAACCAGCACAUAUCAUGUCAGUUACACUCGUUGGUGAUGAAGAUGCAAAAUUACCUAAAUCAAAAGCAUGGAUUAUGUAUCGUAUUAUGCGUACACCUAUCAUUGGUGAUAAAUUUUCAUCACGCCAUGGUCAAAAAGGUGUUUGUUCACGUUUAUAUCCAACGGAAGAUUUACCAUUUACUGAAUCUGGUCUUGUACCUGAUAUUAUAUUUAAUCCACAUGGUUUUCCAUCUCGUAUGACAAUUGGUAUGUUAUUAGAAUUUAUGGCAGGAAAAUCAGCUGUACUACAUGGUUUAUCACAUGAUGGUACACCAUUUCAAUUUAAUGAUGAUUAUCCAGCUGUUGAUUAUUAUGGAAAAUUAUUAAAAGCUGCUGGAUUUAGUUAUUAUGGGACAGAAUCUAUGUAUAGUGGUACAACUGGUCUUCAAUUUGAAGUUGAUAUAUUUAUUGGUGUUGUUUAUUAUCAACGUCUUCGACAUUUAGUUAGUGAUAAAUUUCAAGUUCGUACAACUGGUCCAGUUGAUGCAUUAACUAAUCAACCAGUUAAAGGUCGUCGUCGUGAAGGUGGUAUACGUGUUGGAGAAAUGGAACGUGAUGCAUUGCUUGGUCAUGGUGUUGCUGGUAUUCUUCUUGAUCGUCUUCUUCAUUGUUCAGAUGAAACACGUGCAUAUAUAUGCACACGUUGUGGUUCAUUAUUAUCAUUAGUUAAAACCAAAAUUGGUUAUGUUUGUCGAUAUUGUUGUGGUUCAUCAUCAAAUACUGUACAACGUGUUACUAUACCAUAUGUAUUACAGUAUCUUACUGCUGAACUUGCUUCUGUUGGUAUUAAAACACAUUUUGAUACACAAUCCGUUGUACGAAAUUUUGUUUUGUCUUCUCAGUGA